AUGUUGCUGUUCGCAUGCCAGGAACUCAACGGAAACGUUGUGCGAAGAAAUGACGCAUCCCUGAGUGAGGUCUAUGCGACUUCAGAGAAUGUCAAGAAGGAGGCUGCUAAAUCAUUAAGUACGGUCAGUGCCAUUCUGGAAACGUACACUGAAGGCUCGGAGCAUGAACGGACGAUUGAUGCGCUGAAAAGCAAUACCGAAACUAAGGAAGAAAAUGACGGUGUCAAUAGCGCUAAUCCCAAGAUUUCCACGUUGAUGCAACACGACGAAAAUUUGAAGACCCCCAUACCACAAGUAAAAAAGCCUGGAAACGCUCAUUAUGAAAGCGGGAAAAGAUUUGGUUCUAGAAUGGCAAGAGACACCGAUGACGGUGAAACUGAAGAGUAUGUCGGUGUUGAUGUCAAUGGCGAUGGGAAUAACGAUGAAGACGAACUUGCUCAUAAGCCACCAGAUAAAACGGGAGGACUGGUCAAAACAAAAAGGGUGCCAGCAUCGGGAAAAGUGAAGGCCAAUGCUUUCAAACCUGUAGAUGUCCAUGUGAGAUUCACGUCUUCCUUAUUUCUUGAGUUCUGA